CCUCCUCCAAACCGCCACAGCCUCUCUAUUUUAACACCCUUCUCUAUCCUCAUAACUCAGAAACACCAGAAUCAUAGCACAAAAACAACAUAAAGCAUACAUAUGGCUUCCAAGCAAACGCAUAGAGAGAACUCCACAGGCGAGAAAGACAGGGUCCCAACGCUGACCAGCCACUUUGAGUCUUUGGCUGAUAAAGUGAAAGAUCAGGAGAGAGAAGAGACUGAGAAUCAGAGAGAGAAGCAUACUGAUCAAACAAGGGGAAAGGGAUCCUAUGUUGUGGGGAAGUUUGAAAAUGUUGAAGAUCAGAAUGAUGUGGGUAAGGCUAAAGGUGGGGAAGGUGAAGGUACUGAUAUAGGUGAGGGACGAAAAGAAGGCAAAGAGGUUAGCGAGGGUCAAGAGAGAAAAGAACAACCUUCUCUAGAAGAUAUUUCCAAGCUCAGAGCAAAAGCGCAGCAAAACUCGUUAGACACACUACGGGCGGCGGAGGAGAGGUAUGAGAAGGCAAAAGAAUCCGUGAGCCAGGGAGUCGGUGCUGCAACCGUGUAUACCAAAGAGAAGGCUGCACAAACAAAGGAUACUGUCCUAGAUAAAGGUCGGGCAGUUAAAGACAGUGCAGCAGAGAAGGGUGCACAAGCAAAGGAGACCGUUACCAGCACAGCUAAGACAGCUGCGGAUUACACAGCAUCAACGGCAGAGAAAGCUAAGGACUAUGCGCUACAAAAGGCAGUGGAAGCGAAAGAAGUGGUUGUGCGUGCAGGGGAGACCACCGUCCAUAACGUUGAGGAAAAGGCUGAAGAUUUGAAGGACAGGACUGCCGUGGCGGGGUGGACUGCAGCACAUUACUCGUGCGAGAAAGCCGUGGAGGGAACUAAAGCAGCAGCAAGGGCUGUUAAAGAAACAGCAGAGUAUGCAGGACAUAAGGCUGCCGAGAUUGCAUCCAAACCAUUGUCUGCUGCCAAGGAUGUUGCUGUAGGCACAGGAGAGAGUGCAAAGGAGUAUACAGCUAGGAAGAAAGAAGAAACAGAGAGAGUAUUGAAGGCUAAGAGAUCAGCCGAAAAUCAGGGAGACAACAUGGAAGAGGAAUCGAAGGUUCAACAAACAAAAACAAAAGAGGUGGAAGAAGAGGGCAAACCGUCCGAGAGUGUCAUGCAAGAAAGCUUUCAGCGAAUGCAAGAAAAUGGCAGAGGAAACAGGGGUGGGAUACUUGGAGCCAUUGCAGAAACUAUAGCUGAGAUUGCUCAGCAGACGAAAGAGCUAAUUAUUGGGCAGCACAAGACUUGAGUCUGGACCCAAAUGCGACGUAAGCAAGAACAACACGAAAACGACGAGGGUACGCAGUGAAAUCCCAAAUAAGUAAAUGAUUCAUGGUUCCGGAGAUGGUGGUCCCAUUUUGUCAUAUAUUGGAAGUCUAAUGUGUAUUAUUGAGUGGGUGAAUAAAGUUAGUCCCAACUGUGACUCAGAACCCUGUUUUUGUUUUAGUUGCUUUAUGAGGAUGUUGUCAAGUGCGUGUCCAUUUUGUAUUAAUACAUGAAUUGAUCCUCUCGUCCACGGAAA